GCUCUGAGCUAUGCGACGCGCGGAGUCAAGAUGGAGCUGAAACCUAGUCCUUGUUUUCACUGCCUUUGACUGUCAGUCAGACAGAAGUACACUACUUUUACUUAUGGCUGCUCUGGAGAGAAAUAAUAAGAUCCUGCUCGACUUGGUGCGACAGCCUGGUAAUAAUCUGUGUGCUGACUGUGGAUCCCCUGAUCCUGACUGGGCCUCCUACACUCUGGGUGUGUUUAUCUGCCUCAACUGUUCUGGGCUGCAUCGCAACUUAUCCGCCGUCAGCAAAGUGAAAUCCAUCCGUCUGGAUCACUGGGAGGAUUCACUGGUGGAGUUCAUGCGGGAGAGGGGCAAUUCUGUCUCUAAAGCCAUCUACGAGAAGUGCGUCCCUCCAUUUUUCUACCGACCGCAGCAGAAAGACUGUGUUGUUUUGAAAGAUCAGUGGAUCCGUGCCAAGUAUGAGAGGAGAGAAUUCACGGGGGAAAACAGCUUUCCUCAAGCUUACAGUUCAGAUCAGUUCGAGUCGACGCUGUGGAAGAAGGGCAGAGACAACAAGCAGUUCCUGAAGAGGGUUUUUCUGCUGUCACACACUGAUUUAACCCUCAGAUACUUCAUUAAAGAGGAUUCCAAGGUCCCCAAAGCUGUCAUCAGCAUGAAAGACCUGAACGCAGCCUUUCAGCCGGAGAAGAUGAGCCACGCUCACGGUCUGCAGAUCUCCUACAUGGAGGACGAACGCAUGAGGAACCUGUUUGUUUAUCAUGAGGACGGUCAGGUGAUCGUGUCGUUUUUCAAUGCUAUUCGGGCAACACGCCUGGCUUAUCUCAUAAAGAAACAUCCCAGCCUGCGACCCAGCGAUUUAAUACCCAAAUUAACAACACCUUGUCUGAAGGAGGGCUUCAUGGAGAAAACUGGGCCCACGCAACGAGAGCCGUUCAAGAAGAGGUGGUUCACGCUGUGUGCAGUGAAGAGGAAGCUCCUGUAUUUCAAAUCCCCUCUGGACGCCACGGAGCUGGGCGCCGUCUUCAUCGGCACGGAGAGCCACGGUUACUCCGCCUCGCAGAGCAGCGGCCGCAGCGUGAGGGGCGGCCGGUGGCACUGCGAGAUCGCGCUGCAGACGCCAGACAGGCAGUUCGUCUUCCGGUGUGAACAGGACCAGGAUCAGAGGGAAUGGCUGGAAGCCUUCAGGAAAGUCAUCGCUCAACCUAUGACCCCAGAGGACUACGCAAACGAAGCCAACCUGAGGAGAGGAAAAUAACUGGAUCAGUUUUACCUCCCGGCUCUGAAACGACUGAAGUCUCCCUUCGAUAGAUGAAGACCGCCCUGAAGCAGAACCUGAAGCUCAGACUGACAGCUGGACACACACACCGGUGGUUAUUUCAACAGUUUGCACAGUCCACCCGGUGACAGUUUGGAAACGUUGCUGCAGCUGAGAUGAUGCUUCUUUAGAGGACCUGUGCACCUCAGAAACAGCGUCUAUGAGGACUCUGUAAUA